UUCUUCUUCAAGGCAAAUAUGAGUGACUUGGAGCAAACCUUCCUAGAUGUUGCCAUCAUGGAAGUCCUACCAGAACUUGAAGAAGUAAACAAAAAUAUCCUGGAAGAGCACUUGCAGUCCAUUGGAGUCGAGACGUAUGAUGAUCUACGCUUCGUAACAGAGGCUGAUUUGAUGACAGCAUUAAGACCUAUACAAGCCAGAAAGCUUCUUUCCGUUUGGAAACAGAAAUACCAAACUCCAGAGAACAGCUCACUAUCAUCCGUGGAAGCCUCACCUAUCCAGUCGCUGUCAUCGCAGUCUGUUUCACCCCAAAGUUCAUCAUCAACCUCCUCCAGGAGCCCAACACUUGACACACAGUGGGAAGAAAACUUUGAAAUUCCAUGGAGUAAAUUUCCUGAGGAAGUGAUGCAGUCUUUGGAGAGGGGAAAAAGGCCAGGCUCAAAACUGAGGCGGCAAAUGGUCCGUAUUGUUGUAACUGAGAUGAUGGAAAAAUGCCCUCAUGUAGGUAAAAAGCAUUCAACUGACGUUGCAAAAAAAAUGGUGGCAAAAUAUCCCAAAUCUCUGAAAGAUGUAAUAGAGGGCGAUGUUGUUGGAGCAGGUUACCACUCCCUCAUAAAACAAUUGCAAAACAGAAUUGAAAAUGUGAGGCGCUCUUCGACCCCCAAAAUAAGAAAAAGAAAACAUCAGGAUGACUCAGACCACACAGACGAGAUCCCGUUAGAAGAGAGAGCAGCAAUGCAGGACACUUACGGCUGCAUCAGAUGGAAUGUGAAAUUUCUGCCACUUCAAGAAACUCAACAAAGCCAGCAGCAAAAGAUGGAAAAACUCAAGAUGAUGUUCCAAAAUUCUGACGCCAAUCCAGAGGAGGUAAAAUGUCUAAUGAAGUCCACUUUUUACACACAGCGUCAGCAUAUCAAUCAGGGAAAAAGUAUCAAAUGCCUUAGAGAGGAGUGGCCCUUUUUGUUUGAUGAACUUGGCAUGUCAGUACACUUCAUGGAACUCACUGGGAUUGACCUCAAAGAGACAUUCACACGAAAUUUGGAUUUGAAGGGAAAAAGGCUUCACGACUACUUGACCACAGUUUGUGUCAACAAGAGCAAGAAGUUCCUUCAGAAUUAUGCAAGGCUUCAGAGGAUGCGGGGACCACAGAGUGGCUGCUCAGAUGAUGUGAUAGAGAUGGUCCUGCUACUGCUCAGCUACUUUGAUGAGAAGGAGGAGUUCAUGUUCUUCCAUGUCGAAGAUACGUGUCUGGCAGAGGAGGUCCAACUGGAGCAAGUGCCUCUGACACCCGCUGUUAUUGUCUGUGGUAAGUCUGUUUUCAUAUCUAUUUUUUUAUUAUUAUUAUUAUUUGCACUGUUUAUAGAAUUUGUCUUGUGA